ACGCAGCAAGCACACAGUGGUGGCCUAUAAAGAUGCCAUCUAUGUAUUUGGUGGAGACAAUGGGAGCCCGAGCUGUCCUGGUGGUCCGCGGGGCCCUCUACACUCGUGCCCGUCCUGCUCCUCUGCCCUUGUUUUGCACGGCGCUGGGCCACACCAGUGCCUUGCUGUGUUCUGAGUGAACCAAGCGUCUCCUGCUCGGGCCUUUGUCCUGGCUGUUCCGUCCUUCCCACCCCUUCCUGCCUGUCUUCGGAAUUUGCUGUGAGUGAGGCCUUCCCGAACGCCGGGGCCAACUGGACCAACCGUCGGCCCUCCCCUCCCCUUCUGCACCUCUUGCUGGCUCCAUGGAAGACCAUGCUCAACGACCUCCUACGGUUCGACGUGAAGGACUGCUCCUGGUGCAGGGCCUUCACCACCGGCACCCCGCCGGCCCCCCGCUACCACCACUCGGCCGUUGUCUAUGGGAGCAGCAUGUUCGUCUUCGGGGGCUACACUGGGGACAUUUAUUCCAAUUCUAACUUGAAGAAUAAAAACGACCUUUUUGAAUAUAAGUUUGCAACUGGCCAGUGGACGGAGUGGAAGAUUGAAGGACGGUUGCCAGUCGCCAGGUCCGCCCACGGCGCCACGGUGUAUAGUGACAAGCUAUGGAUCUUCGCUGGAUAUGAUGGCAACGCCAGGUUGAACGACAUGUGGACCAUUGGCCUCCAGGACCGGGAGCUCACAUGCUGGGAGGAGGUGGCUCAGAGCGGCGAGAUCCCGCCGUCCUGCUGCAACUUCCCGGUGGCCGUGUGCCGGGACAAGAUGUUUGUGUUCUCGGGGCAGAGCGGAGCCAAGAUAACCAACAACCUCUUCCAGUUCGAAUUCAAGGACAAGACGUGGACGCGCAUCCCCACGGAGCACCUGCUUCGUGGCUCCCCGCCCCCCCCACAGCGGCGCUACGGGCACACCAUGGUGGCCUUUGACCGCCACCUGUACGUGUUUGGGGGCGCGGCAGACAACACGCUGCCUAAUGAGCUGCACUGCUACGAUGUGGACUUCCAGACCUGGGAGGUCGUCCAGCCCAGCUCCGACAGUGAGGUCGGCGGGGCUGAGGUGCCAGAGCGAGCAUCUGCUUCCGAGGAGGCGCCUGCGCUGGCCUCUGAGGAGCGCGGUGGCUUCAAGAAGUCCCGAGAUGUGUUUGGCUUGGACUUUGGCACCACCACAGCCAAGCAGCCUGCCCCGCCGGCCUCCGAGCUGCCAAGCGGAAGGCUCUUCCAUGCGGCCGCUGUGAUCUCGGACGCCAUGUACAUCUUCGGGGGCACCGUGGACAACAACAUCCGCAGUGGGGAGAUGUACCGAUUCCAGUUCUCCUGUUACCCCAAGUGCACCCUGCAUGAGGACUACGGGCGUCUGUGGGAGAGCCGCCAGUUUUGCGACGUGGAGUUUGUGCUGGGCGAGAAGGAGGAGUGUGUGCAGGGCCACGUGGCCAUUGUCACAGCUCGAAGCCGCUGGCUCCGCAGGAAGAUCGUGCAGGCGCGGGAACGGCUGGCCCAGAAACUGGAGGAGGAGGCAGCCCCGGCUCCCAGGGAGGUCCCUGGGGGGGCCGUGGGGGGGGCCCGGCCGCCCCUGCUGCACGUGGCCAUCCGCGAGGCUGAGGCCCGGCCCUUCGAAGUGCUCAUGCAGUUCCUCUACACGGACAAGAUCAAGUACCCGCGGAAAGGCCACGUGGAGGACGUGCUGCUCAUCAUGGACGUGUACAAGCUGGCACUGAGCUUCCAGCUGUGCCGCCUGGAGCAGCUGUGCCGACAGUACAUCGAGGCCUCCGUGGACCUGCAGAACGUGCUGGUCGUGUGCGAGAGCGCCGCCAGGCUGCAGCUGGGCCAGUUAAAGGAGCACUGCUUGAACUUCGUGGUGAAGGAGUCCCACUUCAACCAGGUGAUCAUGAUGAAGGAGUUCGAGCGCCUCUCUUCCCCACUGAUCGUGGAGAUCGUGCGGCGGAAGCAGCAGCCGCCUGCCCGCGCCCCCUCAGAGCAGCCCGUGGACAUUGGCACAUCUCUGAUCCAGGACAUGAAGGCGUACCUGGAGGGAGCAGGUGCGGAGUUCUGUGACAUCACUCUGCUGCUGGAUGGGCACCCGAGACCGGCGCACAAGGCCAUCCUGGCCGCCCGCUCCAGCUACUUUGAGGCCAUGUUCCGGUCCUUCAUGCCGGAGGACGGCCAGGUGAACAUCUCCAUUGGGGAGAUGGUGCCCAGCAGGCAGGCCUUCGAGUCCAUGCUGCGCUACAUCUACUACGGUGAGGUCAACAUGCCACCCGAGGACUCUCUCUACCUGUUUGCGGCCCCCUACUAUUACGGCUUCUACAACAACCGGCUGCAGGCGUACUGCAAGCAGAACCUGGAGAUGAACGUGACGGUGCAGAAUGUACUGCAGAUCCUGGAGGCGGCUGACAAGACGCAGGCGCUGGACAUGAAGCGGCACUGCCUGCACAUCAUCGUGCACCAGUUCACCAAGGUUUCCAAGCUGCCCACACUGCGCUCGCUGAGCCAGCAGCUGCUGCUUGACAUCAUAGACUCCCUGGCUUCCCACAUCUCCGACAAGCAGUGCGCAGAGCUGGGCGCCGACAUCUGAGGGCCCACGCGGUGCUGGCCCACUCGAGAAUAACCAUGCCCGCCCUGCCCACUGCAGACUACGCUGAGGCCCAAGGCAGAGUGCUUGGACCUGCCGGCCAAGGGGCAGGCUGCCCAGAGCCUCCAAAGGGAAAGGGGACACGGGGGCUCUGCCCCAUUUCACUGCUGAGGACACAGGUCCCACAGGGAGUUGAUGGUGAAACAGGCCCCCCAGGUGGAACCCUCUCCUCGGGUGGGGGCAUGGGUGGGAAGCCAGGGCCCAGCAGUGGGAAAGCCCACCACGGAGCUGGUGUGGGGCCGCCCAUCCGGCAGGGACUGUGCAUGGCUUGAGGAUCUGGCCACUGGGUCCUAGUGCCAAGGUCCCUCUGACGGGAGGGGGGAGCUACACAGUACCCCCUCACCUUCACCGAGGUUGCUGUAAGGGCCCCUACUAUCACCUGGAGCUUGUGGGUGGGCAACAGUAAUGGGCACGUGGAAUCUGACUCCAGAUGAAUUUUGGGGUGUGAAGGGCCCUGAGUCAGUCAGCUCCUAGCCUGAGGGGCCCGCCACUCUGGCCUGGGUUAGGCUUCUAGAGGGGUUGCAGGAUCCCACCCCACUGUGUGCACAUCAGGGGCCCCCAGCUGCGCCAGGGAGAAGUCAGUGAAGAUGCCCCUGGGUCCCCAUCUGUCCCUAAGUAUUUAUUCUUUGUCACAGACAUGCCAUUAAGACCAUAGUAGUGCUAAUCCACUACACACAUCUCAUGGGCAUAGGCCCUCCCUGAGGUGAGGACGGAUCAGGUGGCCCAAGUGCUUGGGACCGGCCAGUCCUGUCUAGUUCUCUACCCGUGUCAGCAACUCCUGGCCCCAUCUGGGGUGACCCAGUUGUGGGGGGGCGGGGGAAGACUGGGGGGGAAUCCAGGCUAGCCCCUCCCCUUUGAGGGGAACCCUGGAGCCCCAAGGCUGCCUUGCCCCCGCAUCGUUCCCCAUCCCCAUCCCCCAACAGAAGGCCCUAGGAGUCCACCCUAACGCAGAAAGCACUGUUCUGCCUCCUUCCUGGCAACAAGAAUCCCAGGGACCCUUCUACCCUGGCUACCAGGAGGCUACUUUGGGGGAAACAGUCCUUCACAUCCUCCUCCCAGUUGUGCCCCCACGCAAACAUGGCGCCUGCCUCUCCUCGGCCCUUGAACCCCAGGUGCUGUGUACAGACAGAUGGGGAGCCCCAGUGGCAGGUGGGCACCCUCAGGCAAGGGGAGUCCGUAAGGCCGUCAGCAAGCUAGGAAAUGGCCCAGCGCAAGGUGAGCCUCUGUGAGCCUGGAAACCCCAGUGAAUGAUCUGCAAACCCUGCUCUACAGUGGACCCUUGUAACCGGUCGCUUGACUUUCUCUGAUAAACGUAUGAAUAAAUGAACUUACACACCAAGGA